ACCGCCCUUAGCGAGUACGCACUAAGCCUGAAAUUUAUCCAGUCCUGGACCAGCAGACAUCUGAUCGAACGCAGCGGGGGCAUAUCCUCAAUCCACGGCUCCCAGCUGUCCCGCACGUAAAGCCCCGCAUCUCGUCCAGUUCCCAUGCGCAGAAACAAGACAUAUGUCCACUAGCAACAUCAGUGUCUGCAGCAGUAACAGGAGCAGGGAGGUGCCAUCGCUCUUCAGAGCUACUUAAGUCACUGCGCCCAGACUGCGACGCCCACCGGGAUCUGCUGCCGUGCCACGCUGCUGUGUCGAGCCAGCUCGAAGGGAGAGGACGGGGAGCUGAGCUGAGCAUAUUAGUACCAGAGCACAGCAGAGUGGAGCUCAAUAAACGCACCUGCACCUGCAGCAUCUCUUUCGUAUGAGGUCGACAGUUCCAUAUCAUAGAGCCUCGGAGUCAUUGCUCGCCUCGCUCACGCUCACUCCACCGUCGUACUUACAGGUUCACUGUCGCCGAUCACUGUUGGCUGCUCGCGGCGAUAUAUCUCGUCAGGGUCAGGCAGUGCCAGUUGGGGAGUCAGCCUCUCAGACAGUAUCUCGCCAAUCGCGACCCGAGUCCGCGCACGAGGCAGGUCCUGCUCUCGGGCCCUCGUUGCCGUAAUCUGUCAGUGCGCUUUUAAAUUAUCUAGCUAACGCGUGACGGUACCGCCUGCAUAGCGGGAUUAGCUUUGCUUUGUACACUCUUCGAGCUGCGAUCGAGGUUGUCGAAAUGUUGCACCUGGUCGAGUCCGUUUGGGGCUCCACUUAUGUCAUGCAAACUGUAGCGGUCGUAUGCGCCAUAGUCGUAAGCUCCAUCGGAUACAAUCUCAGGCACCGCAAUUAUAAGGGACCCAAAUCGUACCCCUUGCUCGGCGCAGCUAUCGGCCACAUUCAAAACUAUCAUCGGCUGCACCACUGGCUCCUCACUUUCUUCCAAAAGAACAGCACCAUCGCCGCGCCCAUGCCCAUAAAUCAAGUUUUCUACUACACCGUCGACCCCGCCAACGUCAAGCACAUUCUGAAGACCAACUUUCCGAACUACCCCAAGGGCGAGGUUUUCCAAGACCGUAUGCAAAUCCUGCUGGGCGAUGGCAUCUUUAACACCGACGGAGAAAUGUGGCGCACUCAGCGGAAAACUGCUGCGGCCGAAUUCUCGCUGAAAGCGCUGAGGGAUUUCAGCGCCGAUUCGUUUAAGGAGUACGCCUGCCAGCUCGCGAACGUGACGGCUCAGCUAGCAUUCGAAGGACGUUCGUAUGACAUGCAGGACUUGUACAUGCGCAUGACUCUAGACUCCAUCGGCAAGAUUGGGUUCGGAGUGAACAUUGGAUCGUUAUCCGACAGCUUCCCGCUUCCGGAGAACGAGUUCGCGAUCGCCUUCGACCGCGCCAACGAGAUCGUCACCCAGCGCUUCAUCGACCCACUCUGGAAGCUGAAGCGGUUCUUACAGGUGGGCGGCGAAGCUGAUCUGAACAGGAACAUCCGCAUCGUGGAUGACUUCGUCUACGGCGUGAUUGCCAAGAGGAAACUCGAGCGCAAAGAGCGAAAAGCGAAGCCGGACGCCGAGCAACCCGAGAAGGCAGACAUUAUUUCUAGAUUUCUGGACCUGAGCGAGAGUGGAGCGCAUGCGAACAUGUCCGACAAGAUUCUGCGCGACGUUGUGUUGAAUUUUGUGAUCGCCGGGCGGGACACUACGGCCGUGACGCUGUCGUGGAUGACAUACAUGCUGGCCGAGCACCCGGCCGUGGCCCGGCGGCUGUACGAGGAGCUCCGCGCCUUCCAUCAGAGGAAGGUCGGGGCCCGAGCCGGCACCUGGAGCUGGGCCAGGGAAUGGGAAGAGAUCAGACAGCAGCUGGGCGAGGAAGAAGCCGAACGGCGCAAGAAGAAGCUGUACCUGGAGUCGAUGCAGAAGCAGGUCGCUGAAUUCACGAAACUCCUCAAUUACGAAUCGCUGAAAGAGCUGAACUACAUGCAAGCCGUGCUUACGGAGACGCUCCGCCUCUUCCCGGCAGUUCCUCUGGACCCGAAAGGCAUUCUAGAAGAUGAUGUUCUUCCGGACGGAACCUUCCUGAAAAAGGGCAAUCUGAUCUCCUACUCGCCAUGGUGCAUGGCUCGCAUGAAGUCGAUCUGGGGAUCCGAUGCAGCAGUCUUCAAUCCGGACAGGUGGUUGCAGAGCGGAGUCUUCGUGCCCGAGUCCGAGUACAAGUUCACCACAUUCCAGGCUGGAUUGCGGACUUGUCUGGGCAAGGAUUCCGCCUACCUGCAGCUGAAGAUUGUGGCAGGCACAAUGUGCCGUUUCUUCGAGUUCCGAAGAACGUCGAACCACUACAUCAUGUAUCGAAUGAUGGCCACUCUGUCCAUGCAGGGCGGGCUUGACGCUGUUCCGCAUCUGAGAACAGAUUAGGCGGAAUCCCAACUCCCAGCGGCAAUUCCUUCCCGGCGAUUAUGGAUUUCAUUUAUUCCCGAUGCGGGCGAACGGACGAGUCUACCUCGAGGGCGACAAGAAUCACGUGAUCGAGCAAGACUUGUGAAACCCAUCUCUCGUCGAAACAAAUCGAUGUACGGAGAUCUACACGCGCGCGGAGCAAAAUAAAAAUUUCCACAGCGAAAAUUGCUGAAGCUGUGCCGUAUAUAGAGAUCUCGCCAAUAAAAGUUGUACAAGUACAGAACACUGAUCCGGUAUCGCCUAGUGCGGACCUCAACAAGCGAAGUAAUUCUGGCAGCUUCCUUCUCAUAAGGAAAGAUCUGAAGAUCUUAAGAUUGUUACCCCUAGAGAAGAUAUUGCAUGGAGCAUACGUGCGCAACGAGUAUAUAUCUCACAGAACUUACGGGGGUUCGGCCAGGCAUACAAUAGUUAGCAUGUAAGAUUACGAGAAUUCCAUUUCAAAAGCUCCGCAAAACUGUCAUAAAUGUCGUGCUGGCAUGCUCAUCUGAACAAGCGCUUUCGUGCAAUACCUUCGACGUUACUGUACCUUAGUUGUUGAUAUAUGCAUGUCAACGAUAGCACAAAAUGAAAUAUUUUUCAUUCAAACGGUAUUACUGAUGUGAAAUUGCUGAAUGUGUGGGUUGGGAAGCGCAACUUAUGAGCAAUUAUGUCAUCGUCCACUCUGGACGAAGAGCAGUAAGACAACUGUCAUAUCUGCAUCGAGUGACCGAAGAAGUUGAAAGUAAUUGAUUGUUGAGUGAAACAUAUCCACUUUCUGCUUAUUCCUCGCCUCUGUAAAAGACUA